AUGGCUGCGGGGAAGUUGCUGCUCUACGCCGGUCUGUCUCUGUCCCUCUGUGCGCUCGGGAUGCUGGCCGUGGCUAUCUGCUCCGACCACUGGUACGAGACGGACGCCCGGAGGUACCGAGAACGGUGCCGAAGUUUCUCCAGCCGCCGGAAAGACCCUGGCUUUAUUUACAUCCCCAACAAUAGCCUCCCUCUGCGGGCGAGCCGCUCGCGCCUGGACCGCUGGGAGGAAAAGCUGCUGCUGGCGCGGAACAGAAGGCAGCUGUUCGCCAUGAGCGCCGCUGAUGAGUGCAGCAGGCAGUAUAACUCCAGCAACAUGGGCCUGUGGAGCAGAUGCCAUCGGCUUGGAUUUGAUCAAGAUAUCGAGGACCUCAUUCGGAAAGGGUCCAUUGCAAGAUGCUCCUAUAUCAAGUACCACUACUCCUCGGCUGCAAUACCCAAGAAUCUCUCUUACAACAUCACCAAGACAAUUCGUCAGGAUGAGUGGCACUCUCUGCAUCUGCGGAGGAUGACGGCAGGAUUUAUGGGAAUGGCGGUGGCCAUCAUCCUCUUCGGCUGGAUCAUUGGGAUGCUGGGAUGUUGCUGGGACCGUGGCCUCAUGCAGUAUGUGGCAGGUCUACUCUUCCUCAUGGGUGGCACGUUUUGCAUCAUUUCCUUGUGCACCUGUGUAGCUGGCAUCAACUUCGAGCUGUCCCGUUACCCUCGCUACAUAUACGGCCUCCCAGACGACAUCAGUCACGGUUACGGCUGGUCAAUGUUCUGCGCAUGGGGCGGUUUGGGCCUGUCCCUCAUCGCUGGCUUCUUCUGCACACUGGCGCCCUCUGUACAGCCGAUCCCUCGCUCCACGUGCCCCAAAUCCCGCCAAGAAAAUGGCACCGUGUGUUAAGGGAUGGGUCUGAAAAUCCCCAAGCCAACAUGUGCAGCUGGACAAUGGGGGACGAAACACAUUCAAAAAAAGACCAUAACUGAAGAUUAAAAUCAUGUUCAUUUAGAAUCAUUUCUAAUCUCACCAACCAGGCCAUUUUUAACCAUGUGUGUGAAUCUACAACUGAGUGUACCGAUCGUUUAAAAGAAAACCAAGAAAAAAUAUAUUGUGAAGAUAAUAUCAACGGGACUUUCCAUCGCCAAGGUCCUACACAGGAAAACAGUCAUCCUUUCAAAGUUUGGUGAGCACAAGCAAAUGGUGACGAAUGAAGCAAAAAAUAGACCGUGCUGCUCAUUCUGAUGCUGAAAGGAUGGAUUUUGACAUGUCUGUUUGACUGACGUCUAAAAACUGCCAAACCUGGAGAUUAUGGUUUUUGGAUCUGGACAAGUAUGGAGGUCCAGUGCCGAUGUUUAAAGCCCAAGGGUUCUGACUAAUCAAGAGCACCAAGGCUUUCACGUGAGAGGACAACAACUUUGAUGCGAUUUGGAUCUGUUGUGGCUAAAUCCGCCGAUUUGUCUCGGACCCUGGAGACUAUCGCAAUGCCUCUUGGGAUGCGGCUAAAGGAUCCGCUCGUGCAUAAAGGAAAAAGAUUUCAGGAACUGGAGAUGCCUGCUCGUGACGUUAUGUUGCUAUUGCUGUACAGCAAAUUGUAAAGAGAAAAAUAUUACCUAUAAUAUUCCAGAAGAGGAAAAAAACAAUUCUAACGGGAGGGAAAUUUUUUGGAGCAUUUUUCCAUGUUUCAUUUCUUAUUCAUCUCCAAUUGGUAUCAACGGACACUUCUAACAUGCUUUCGGUUUUAUUAUGUGCAUCUUCUUUUGUUUUUUUUAGUAAUUACAGUCAUCAUGAGUGUGAAUGAGUGUGAAGGGAGUGUGCCGAUUCUUUAGCUACUAUCAAUAUAGUAUGUGUGUAAGAGUUUUGUGGUCUCCAUAUGAAAAAAAAAAAGGAAACAUAAAAAGAAUAAUAAUGCAUAAAAUCAAAAACCUGCCUUGGGGGAAAUCAGGUAGGCUUUUGUUGAACCAAGAAUUACUGGAAAGGAAAGAUGCCAUAUCCUGUUUUAGACAGCGAACACUUAGUCCCUGCAGACACGACUGACGCAGACAGAAAGACAACUCAACAUCACACUGUUACUGCCUUAAGCUUGUCUGGAAGGAGGCAUUUAUGCCAUUUGAUGGGAACGUAUACUGACUUCUCUUCUGAAAGCAUCUAUGGGCUGACAAAAGAAAUCCCCAUUUGAAUCCAACUUCCUGCUCUGUUUAACCAUGCGUCUCUUUACUUAAAGGGAACUCCCAAAACAGGAUGUGGUAUGUAAGUGCCUCGUGAUUACAUGAGACAGCAGCGGUGCACAAAAGAGGUAUAUAUCUAUGGAAUCGUGACCUCGAAACGUAGGACGGGCGGCAAGCACAAGCUUAAUACAAUCUCUAAGCCGACAUGCGAUUGGUUCCCUCAAGCCGUUUUCAUAAUUUCUCUUCUCACACAUUCAUUUCACAAUCUGAAACUUUUUAUCCAUUUCACAUGCUAUAAAUGCAUUAAACGAAUCACUUGGGCAGCCAUAAAACAGCGUGCUAUGAAGGAACACGCGUCGAGGGUCACUGGCGAAUCAGCACACACAUUCAUCCAUGCCAAAACCCUACACUAGGAGACUUAGCUUUGCAAGCAAGACCAUGUUUACAGAUUUCUAGAAAUUAGAUUUGCCAAAACAAAAAUCUGCUUCCAAGUAUCAAGAAACAAAGCAUCAUUGGUUGCGCUGAUGUUUAUACUUGAGUUCUUUAACAACUAUUCAUUGGUUCGUAAAGUUAAUUCGUUUUGAGAGUUUUCAUUGCGUUGGUUUAUAAAACAAGCUGCCAAGUGAAGUUUUGCAGGGCUGCGACAAACUAAAGGCCGUUUCUAAAAGCCAUUUCAAAAUGAUCCAUCCCAACAUUACUUCCAUUGGAUCUUUCACCAUAAACACAGCCAACAGUUCACUAACAAAAGUAUCCUUCUCAACUCUGCAUUGAUGAAAUACGGGACCAGCAGUCUUCAUGGUUUCGAACAUAUUUAUGGGCGCUUUGGGUGAUUCGUGUGGCAGCAUUCAAGUAAAAAGACUUCGUUGCAUGCUGACAAUGCAAUUGGCCGUGAAAUUACAUAAACAAUCCAGAACUCCAGAAGACUUCUUCACACUUUCAAAGCAACAAAUCGACCAAACACAGCCCACAAACUCUACAGUGCUUGAUUACAAUGUGCAUGCAACAGAAAACCUGCAUAAAUACCCAAUAAACAAUCUGUUUUAGGAGCAUCUUGCAACAAGUCCGUCUGGCCUUAUAUAAGAUAGUGUUCCUUGACACACUUAGGAGGAAAAUAUGUAUUUCAGUCCACAGAUUACGCUCCUAGGCGAAGACAUAAAUGGGGUCAGUCGCUAGUUGUACACAACACUUCUCAAAUAAAACCAGUUCCACAGUCCUAUUUGAGAAAAACAUCUAAGUAUAUUCAAAAAUGCACUUAAAUUCACUCUUAUUUUCUUCAACAAGGCAAAGAGAUGUGUUCAAUCACAGAGUAUAAAGAUAUCAAAGAGCAGAGAAGGGAAGGGCAGAUGCUGGCAUCAGACGCCAAGAACAGACACUUACAAUUACAGCUUAAUUGGCAUCCGUCCUAGACAGAGAGUCCCAGACUGAAAGCAGGUAGUGAACUGCAUUUCAUAAGCUCUGUAUGGAUCAUUGUGAGGCUUGUAGUGAAAGUGAUAAUGAAUAAAAACUUGCAGCCUAACUGUCACUUGAUGGGCAUUUUAAGGACUCUCCUCAAAGAAAGAUCAUGAAGCGUUGGGCAUGUUGGUAAUAUGGGCUCAGGAUCAAAGAUUCCUUUACACAAUCUACACAUUACAUUCACACAAAUGUGUUUACAUCACAGCCAACAGUUGUCAGCCUUUGUUCAGUUAUUGGUUGAGCGGGGUGGGAUGGGAAACACGAGCGGGAAUAUUUUUGUCUUCGAAACGUGAAAAUAAAAAUGAAAAAAGUAGCAGAUUCGGUGAAACUGCAGCUUUUUAAUUGGACACUGAAGCUUAAGGUUUAUCUGAUCUUUUUUCAUCAGUGAUGUGUCUAUUGAGUAUCUGGGAAAAAAAAGAAAAAAAAAAAAAGAGAAUAAAACUGUAAAAAAAAUGUUUAAGA